AUGCGCAGCCUUCUUCUCCACGUCGUGUAUGGGCCGACAUUGUACCAAGGAAAGCUCCAAACAUUAGCCAGGCCUCUUCUCUAUUCGAUCAAGGCCUUUGGCGCUGCUGCUCGGGCCAUUAGACACUCCAAAUCCUCCAUGGGCUUCGUUUACUCGCUUACCGGACAUGUCUCGGAACUCUAUGCCUUGGUUAGGGCCUUACAAACAUGGCAGCAUUACUUGUGGCCGAAGGAGAUUGUCAUAUACACUGACCAUGAAUCCCUUAAGCACCUUAAGGGUCAGCAGAAACUCAACAAGAGACAUGCCAGGUGGGUUGAGUUCAUUGAGACAUUUCCAUAUGUCAUCACGUACAAGAAAGGUAAAGAUAAUUUAGUUGCCGAUGCAUUAUCCCUGAGGAAAGCACAUGGAGGAAGCCUUGUGGGACACUUUGGCGUGGCCGAAACUCUUGAGGUGAUGAGAGAUCACUUCCAUUGGCCGCACGUGGUGAGAGAUGUUGAACGCAUAUGUGGUAGAUGUGCUACAUGUAAACAGGCUAAGUCUAAGGUUCAGCCGAAUGGUUUGUAUACUCCCUUACCUAUCCCUUCUCGUCCCUGGACUGAUAUAUCAAUGGAUUUCGUGCUUGGAUUGGCUAGGACUAGAACUGGAAAGGAUUCAAUCUUUGUGGUUGUUGAUAGACUCUCUAAAAUGGUGCAUUUCAUAGCAUGUCAUAAAAGUGAUGAUGCAUCUCAUGUAGCUGAGUUGUUCUUUAAAGACGUUGUUCGUUUGCAUGGCAUGCCUAAGACUAUUGUUUCUAAUAGAGACACCAAGUUUCUUAGCUAUUUCUGGAAAACAUUGUGGUCUAAACUUGCCGCUGGAUUUGGAUCCGUCCGACGUUCUCGUGACGAGAAUCGAUCAGAUCGAGUGCACGAUGAGGCUGAUGGUCCCUGUUCUGAUGGAUCGGAUGAGGAAAGCGCAGAGAGGCUUGGUCGCUUGAGUCUCUGA